AUGGAAGCAGCACCUGGUUCUUCCGCCGCUCUUCGCGGCCAGCUAGCAGACAUGGGAUUUAGGGAAGCGGAAAGCAUAGUGGGAAGUAGGUCGGGCACGGGGGGCGAAGGGCGGGAUCAGCAGUCAGCGAUGGUACUGGCGGCGGUGGCGGAGUCGAUAGAGAUGCUGCGCACGGCGGGCAGCGAUGCGGACGAGAAGGAGCGCGUCGCUAUGCAGCUCAGCCAGCUGGCGGAGACCAGCGUGGAUGCGCGCGCGGCCAUCGGCUACCACGCGCAGGCCAUUCCGCUGCUCGUGGGACUCGUGCGCUCGGGUACGUUGCCUGCGCGCACGCAUGCGGCGGCAACUUUGGGGGCGAUCUGCGACGAGCAGGAGCUGCGCGUGAAGGUGCUGCUGGGGGGUUGCAUUCCGCCCAUGCUGGCGCUGCUGCGCAACGGCCCCAAGGACUCGCAGAUGGUGGCGGCGGAGGCGCUCUUCGCCAUGUCCAAGGCGGGCUCCGGGCGCGAUGCCGUGGGGUCGCGCAUCUUCGCGUCGGAGGGCGUGGUGCCGGCGCUGCUGCAGCAGCUGCAGAAGCACGCGGGCAUCCACCCGGACGUGCUGGGGCUCGUCACGGGCGCCAUGCGCAACCUGUGCUACGCCGUGCCGGGAUUCUGGCGCACGGUGGAGGCGGCGGGCGGCGUGGAGAUCUUCACGAGCAUGCUCUCCAUGGGGCGCCCCGCCACGCAGGAGAACGCCGCCGCGCUGCUCACCAGCUUCCUCACCAGCCCCUACCUCGCGCACCCCAAUGCGGCCGCCGCCGCCGCGCAGCAGCAAGCCAAGGGCAAGACUCCAGCGGCAACAGUGGCGGCAGCAGCGGCGGCAGCGGCGGCGGCAGCCAUGGAGGGCGGAGAAGGGCUGGAGGAGGCGGCGAAGGCGGCGGCGAGAGUGGUGGAGGCUGGAGCCAUUCCGCCGCUCCUCGCGCUGCUGCAGCCGGGUAGGGAAGUGGCGGUCAGGACAGAGGCGGCUGGGGCGCUGCGCGCAAUCUCAGCAGUACAUGUGGCGGCUCGGGAGAAGAUUGCGGCGGCUGGGGGAGUGGGCAUGCUGAUCCGCGCGACGAUGGCGCCGUCGGCGGAGAUGAUGCAGACGGGGUACGCGCAGGUGCUGCAGGAGAACGCCAUGGGCGCGCUCGCCAACAUCGCGGGCGGCAAGGCGGAGGUCGUCGCGUCGCUGGCGGCGGCCGUGAGCAGCGCGCACUCGGAUCGCGAGCUGGCGGACAACAUCGGCGCGCUGGCGUACGCGCUGAUGGUGCUGGACGACGACGACGACGACGACGGCGCGGCGGACGACGGCGAGGGCGGGGAUGGCGGGAGCGGAAGCAAGGUGGACGCGGAGGGCAUCGAGCGCGCGCUGGUGGAGAAGCUGAGCCCGCUGCGGCCGGCGUCGGCGCUGGUGCAGGAGCGGUCGAUCGAGGCGCUGGCGAGUCUGUACGGCAACAGACUGGUGGCGCGCGGGCUGAGCAACGCGGAGGGCAAGCGCAUGCUGGUGGGGCUCGUGACGCUGUCGCCCACCGACGCGCAGGCGGAGCUGGUGGAGGCGCUGUUCAACGUGUGCGUGCAGGGCGCGCCGCUGUGGAGCGCGCUGCACGGGCGCGAGGGCGUGCUGCAGCUGGUGGGGCUGCUGGGGCUGUCGACGGAGGACCAGCAGGAGUGCGCGUGCGCGCUGCUCGCCAUCCUCUCGCACGAGGAGGACGAGAGCAAGUGGGCCAUCACCGCCGCGGGGGGCAUUCCCCCGCUCGUCUCGCUGCUGGGGACAGGCACCGCCAAGGCCAAGGAGGACGCUGCGGAGUUGCUGGGUAACCUGUGUUCCUACAACGAGGAUAUUCGCGCGUGCGUGGAGACGGCGGACGCGGCCCCCGCGCUGCUGCAUCUGCUGGGCAGCGGGUCGGAGAGGGGUCAGGCGGCGGCAGCGCGCGCUCUCAUGCGCCUGGUAUCGGGCGGCAGCAGCGGCGCGAGCAGCGCGAUCGGGCAGCUGACGGGCAUUCUGGUGGCGGAGGUGCCGGAGUCCAAGGUGCACGUGCUGCGCGUGCUGGGCCAGCUGCUCGCCGACUCGCCCGACGCCGCCCACGACGGCACCGCGGCAAACGAGGCGCUUCAGACGCUCGUCGCGCUCGUCGAGUCGGAGCGCGAGGAGACGCAGGAGAGCGCGGCGGCGGUUCUGGCGAAUCUGUUUGCGGCGCGGGAGGAUUUGCGCGAGGGGCCGGUGGCGGCGGAGGCGAUUCCCCCCCUGGUGCGGCUGGUGGACGACGGCGGCGAGCCCGUGGCCAUGCAGGCAGCGCGCGCGUUGGCGGCGCUGUUCUGCUCCAUCGACAGCAACGAGGAGGCGGCGCACGCGGCGAGGGCGAGCAUCUUCCCGCUGGUGAAGCUGGCGCGCGCGCGCGAGAUGGCGGUGGCGGAGGUGGCGACGACGGCGCUGGCGAACCUGCUGGCGAACCCCGAGCUGGCGCUCAUGGCGCCCGCGGACGAGGUCGUGCUGCCGCUCUCGCGCCUGCUGCGCGAGGGCACGCCGCACGGCAAGGAGCACGCGGCGGGCGCGCUGGCGCACCUGCUGCACUCGCGCGCGCUGGACGAGGAGCUGGCGGAGAGCAUCCGCCAGUGCAGCACCGUGCUCGCGCUCGUCGCGCUGCUCGCCGUCGGCGCCAGCGAGGACGCGUCCAUGGCGGCGCUCGAGGCGCUGGCGGCGCUGGCGCGCGCCAAGGCGCACAACUGGGGCGGGCAGGCGCCGCUGGCGGUGCUGUCGGAGGUGCCGUACUCGAUGGGUCCGCUGGUGGCGGUGCUGGCGGGGGGCACGGCGGGCAUGCAGGAGAAGGCGGUGGAGGUGCUGUCGCGGCUGUGCAAGGACCAGCCCGUCACGCUGGGCGACAUGAUCGCCGGCACCGACAACUGCGUCGCCGCGCUCACCGCGCGCAUCACAGAGGCGGAGAGCCUGGAGGUGAAGGUGGGCGGCACGGCGCUGCUGAUCUGCGCGGCGAAGGAGCACCGCGCGGCGACGAUGGCGGCGAUGGAGGCGGCGGGAACGCUGCAGGCGGUGGUGCGGUGCCUCGUUGACAUGCUUGCAGCGCAGCAGCAGUCGCGCGAGCAGCAGCAGGCGGAGGAGGGCGACGGGGAGGCAUCGGCGGAGGCGCUGGUGAGCAGCGUGGCGUUGUGGCUGCUCGCCGUCAUGGCGUCGCACGACCACCCCACGCGCGCGCUCGUCGCCGCCGCGGGCGCCGUCGACGUGCUGGUGGACCGCCUCUCCGCGCUGUCGGCGGACGGGGAGGAGGCGGACGACCUGGGGAUGGAUGGGGACGGCGCGGAAGGGGGAGACAGCGGGGGGGCGUGGGUGUGCGCGUUGCUGCUGGCGGUGCUGUUCUGCAAUCGCGACGUCGUGCGCUCGCCCGUCGCGCUCAGGGCCAUUCCGCCGCUCGCUUCGCUGCUCACCUCGCCCGACCCCUCGCAGCGCUACUUUGCAUCGCAGGCCGUCGCGUCGCUCGUGGCGAGCGGCAGUCGCGGCACGCUGCUCGCCAUCGCCAACAGCGGCGCCAUCCCGCUGCUGCUCGCGCUGCUGGGCCGCGCAGAGGCGGACGUGGCGCACCUGCGCGCGCUGGCGGACGACUUCGAGCUGGCGGGCAGCCCGGAGCAGGUGGCGCUGGAGAAGCUCUUCCGCUGCGACGACAUCCGCGCGGGCCGCCACGGCAGCGUGGUGGUGCCGCAGCUGAUCGCGCUGCUCACGCCCAACGCCGACCAGCCCAGCGCGCCCGCCGUCGCCAUCGGCCUGCUCACGCAGCUCGCGGCCGGCAGCAGCGCGAACCGCGUCGCCAUGGCGGACUACCGCAUCCUCGAGGCGCUCACCACGUACCUCACGCUCGGCCCGCAGGAGGCGAUGGAGGCGGCGGCGGUGGAGCUGCUGCGGGUGCUCUUCCAGGCGGACGACCUGCGCGUGCACGCCGCCGCGCCCGCCGCCAUGGACCAGCUCGUCGCCGUGCUCCGCGUGGGCUCCCGCGCCGCGCGCCUGCCGGCAGCAUCGGCGCUGGAGGCGCUGUUCGCCGUCGACGCGCACCGCGCCAGCGACGCGGCGCUGCACGCGCUGCACCCGCUCGUCGACAUGCUGGGCAGCGGGGCGGGCGCGGAGGCUGCUGGCGGGGCUGCUGGAGGCGGCACUGUGGAGGCGGAGCAGCGGGCGGCAGCGGCGGCGCUGUGCCAGCUGGCGCAGGGCAACGUGGGGCGCGUGCUGCAGGCGUGCGAGGAGGGCGGCAUCCCCCUCAUGGCCACCAUCCAGCGCCUGCUUGAGGCGCCCGACAAUCAGCCAGCUGGCGGAAGCGGCGGGUACGACAAGGCGGCGGCGGAGGUGAAGGCGACGGCGGUGGAGCUGCUGCAGACGCUCUUCUCCUUCCCUCGCGCUCGCUCGGGCCCCGUGGCCGCCGCGCUGAUCCCGCCGCUGGUGGUGCUGCUGCUGCACCCGUCGCCGUCGCUGCAGUACCGUGCGGCGGGCGCCGUGGACGCGGUGAUGGACGACGAGCAGCAGGCCAACGUGGUGGCCUCAUGCAGCGCCGUGGCGCCGCUCGUGAGCCUGCUGGAGGGCGAGCGGCACGGGCUGCACGCGGCGGCCAGUAGUGCGCUGUUCAAGCUGGCCAAGGACCGGCGGCAGUGCAAGCUGGACAUGGCGGCGGCGGGCGUCAUCGAGCGCAUCAUUGCCAUCUUCCCCUCCGCGCCGCUCGCCCUCUGCUCGCUGCUGGCGGAGCUGCUGCGCGUGCUCACCAACAACUCCACCAUCGCCAAGGGCGCCGCCGCUGCGCGCCUCGUGGGGCCCGUGUUCGCCAUGCUGCGCCACGCGGAGCUGUCCCCUGCGGCGCAGACAAGUGCGCUGCAGGCGCUGGUGAACGUGCUGGAGAAGCCCGGCCGCCUGGAGGCGCUCGACCUGCCGCCCAGCGACGCCAUGGAGCCGCUCGUGCCGCUGCUGCUCUCGCCGUCGCUGGUGGUGGCGCAGCUGGCGGCGGGGCUGCUGGCGCACGUGCUCACGCUGGAGGCCUUCCACAGUGACGGCAUCACCGCCGCCGCCGCGGCCCCGCUGGUGAGGCUGCUGGGCAGCGAGCUGGAGUCGCUGCGCACCGAGGCCCUCAAGGCGCUCGAACUCGUGUCCGCCUGCUGGCCGGGCGCCAUCGUGGAGGCGGGCGGCAUCGACGAGCUAUCUCGCCUGGUGGCGACGGCGCCGCACCCGAUGUGGCAGAUGGCGGCGACGGUGCUGGCGAACGUGCUGCGCGCGCAUGACAAGUGCGCGGUGCAGGUGCCCGUGCCCGUGCUCGUGCGCCUGCUCAUGGCCAACACCGAGCCCGUGCAGGUCGUCGCGCUCUCCGCGCUGCUGGCGCUGGAGCGCGAGGACCCGGCGCGGGGGGACGAGAUGGCGCGCAUGGGCGUGGUGGACGCGCUGCUGGAGCUGCUGCGCUGCCACCAGGUGGAGGAGGCGGCGGCGCGCCUGCUGGAGGCCAUCUUCAACAACGCGCGCGUGAGGGACUCGCAGACGGCGCUGCGCUCCAUCGCACCGCUGGCGUCGUACCUGCUGGACCCCAACUCCGCCGACCCCAACGCCAAGCUGCUGGCGGCGCUGGCGCUGGGCGACCUCUUCCAGGAGACGAGCGUGGCGCUCAAGACGAACCUGGUGGCAUCGUCGCGCGCCAACAAGCGCGCCGUGGCGGACGCGGGCGGGUUCAGCGUGCUGGUGGAGCUGCUGACAGGCGGGUCGGCGGAGGUGACGUCGCAGGCCGCCAACCUGGUGCGGCUGAUGCUGAACAACCACACGGUGCAGGAGUACGCGACGCCGGAGCUGGUGUCGUCCAUGACAGGCGUGAUCGAGCGUGAGCUGUGGAAGACGGCGAGUGUGAACGAGGAGGUGCUGCAGGCCAUCGAGGGGCUGCUCGCCACCUUCUCCCGCCUGCGCUUCAGCGAGUGCGCCACGGCCGCCAUCCCCGUGCUGGUGGGCGCCAUGAAGGUGGGCAGCGAGGUGGCGCAGGAGACGGCACUGAACGUGCUGUGGCUGCUGCGGCAGGGGUGGGCGCAGAGCAAGGAGAUGGCGCGGCUGCAGUCCAUCGCCAUGGGCGACACCAUCCCCGUGCUGCAGCUCAUGCUGCGCUCCGGCCCCAUCAACCUGUACGAGAAGGCGGAGACGCUGCUGUCCGUGCUGCCGGGCAGCCUGUCGGUGUGUGUGAAGCGCGGCUCCAACCUCAAGGCGUCCAUGGGCGCCACCAACGCCUACUGCAAGCUCACGCUCGCCGACACCCCCGCCAAGGUCACCAAGGUCAGUCACUCACUGCACACGGCGCGACGCCCAGGGGCAGCGGGCGGGGCACAUGGGGUGGUGAGCGGCACGUGUGACCCCGAGUGGAAGCAGACCUUCACAUGGCCGCUGGACGCCCCUCCACGCGGGCAGAACCUCCACAUCUCGUGCAAGAACAAGGGCACCAUCGGCACCAGCUCACUGGGCAAGGCGACGAUACAGAUAGACCGGGUGGUGGCGCUGGGGAUGGUGUCCGGGACAUACGUGCUGCAGCCAGAGGGCAACCGAGACGGCACGCAGCGCACCAUCGAUGUCGACUUCAUCUGGUCCAACCGCUGA